ACUUUGUCCUCUCCCUUCAUUAUAUAAACCACCAUUUCCAAAGCUCGUCUUCCUCACCCCACACUCUCCCCAUUACUCCACUCUCAACUUUCGAUCGAGUCAGGCUUCUGUUCUAUCGCCGGAAGUUCUGCAUACAACUGGUCUCUCUAUUACUCGUUGAGAGAAUAUGAGGGAAAUCCUUCACGUUCAGGGUGGGCAAUGCGGCAAUCAGAUUGGAUCCAAGUUCUGGGAAGUCGUCUGCGACGAGCAUGGCAUAGACCCAACCGGUAGGUACACCGGGAAUUCCGAUCUUCAACUAGAGCGCGUCAAUGUUUACUACAACGAGGCCUCCUGUGGACGGUUCGUCCCUCGUGCGGUGCUCAUGGAUUUGGAGCCCGGUACCAUGGAUAGCGUGAGGACCAGUCCCUAUGGCCAGAUAUUCAGGCCCGAUAACUUUGUUUUCGGGCAAUCUGGUGCCGGGAACAACUGGGCGAAGGGGCAUUACACCGAAGGAGCGGAGCUCAUUGAUGCCGUUCUUGAUGUUGUACGAAAGGAGGCUGAGAACUGUGAUUGUCUUCAGGGUUUUCAAGUAUGCCACUCACUCGGUGGAGGAACCGGUUCUGGGAUGGGGACUCUGCUUAUUUCGAAGAUCAGGGAAGAGUACCCUGACCGAAUGAUGCUUACUUUCUCUGUGUUCCCUUCACCAAAGGUCUCAGAUACAGUUGUGGAGCCAUACAAUGCCACUCUUUCUGUUCACCAACUUGUUGAGAAUGCAGAUGAGUGCAUGGUGUUGGACAACGAGGCCUUGUACGAUAUUUGUUUCAGGACUCUGAAGCUAACCACUCCAAGCUUUGGUGAUCUGAAUCAUCUGAUCUCUGCAACCAUGAGUGGUGUUACAUGCUGCCUAAGGUUCCCUGGCCAACUUAACUCUGACCUCCGGAAACUUGCAGUGAACCUUAUUCCCUUCCCCCGUCUACACUUCUUUAUGGUUGGAUUUGCUCCUCUUACCUCACGUGGAUCUCAGCAGUACCGUGCUCUAACUGUCCCAGAACUCACCCAGCAAAUGUGGGAUGCGAAGAACAUGAUGUGUGCAGCAGACCCACGACAUGGUCGCUACCUCACAGCUUCAGCCAUGUUCAGGGGCAAGAUGAGUACUAAAGAAGUGGAUGAACAAAUGAUCAAUGUUCAGAAUAAGAACUCUUCCUACUUUGUUGAGUGGAUCCCAAACAAUGUGAAAUCAAGUGUCUGUGACAUUCCACCAAGAGGCCUCUCUAUGGCAUCGACCUUUAUUGGCAACUCCACCUCUAUUCAGGAGAUGUUUAGGCGGGUGAGCGAGCAGUUCACAGCUAUGUUCAGGAGGAAGGCUUUCUUGCACUGGUACACUGGGGAAGGCAUGGAUGAAAUGGAGUUUACAGAGGCCGAAAGCAACAUGAACGACCUUGUAUCUGAAUACCAGCAGUACCAAGAUGCCACGGCUGAUGAGGAGCUGGAGUAUGAGGACGAGGAGGAAGGUGUGCAGGAGAUGUGAUUUAAAAGCUUUUAACUAUUGCAUUAAAGAUGUGUGGCUAAAAUUCCAGUACUCAGUUAUUCGUGAGAUGUUUUAUUGGUCCAAUAUUUUAGUUAACGGGGGGGGAGGUUGUGCAUGUUUGAUUUCUGGGUUUGCUUGAUUGCUUCUAUAUCCGUUUUUAUUAUGGAAUUUAGCAAUAUAUUCUAUACUUGAAGUUAUUUCAUGCCUCA